AGCUGAAGCCAGACCGACACACGCACACACACACAACAUAAUACAACACAACACACACGCACACACUCACACAAACAACACGCACACACUCCAUUCACUCUCCCAGACGCACACACACACACACACACACACACACAUAGAGGCACAGGCACAGACACAUUCACUGCUCGCCCCGUACAUUCAUUCUCACACUCACUCCCUCACUCGCUCAAGUUCUAGCGAGGGAGUGAGCGGCGCGCACAGUGAAUCGGGACAGACGUGCAUCUCCUUCAAUCACAGAGAGAGUGAGUGGAGGACCCCCCGGUGGACAAAGGCAGUCUCUCUCUCUCAAGUCUAUACUUUUCAACUUGGGUUUAUGGAUGAUGGAAUUUUAACCAUGUGGCAGAUAGCUGUGCGGCUUCCCUGGAUUUCGCUGACGACCUCUCCGCUUGGCUCCGCCUGACAGGAUGGACGCGCUGGAGUCGGAGCUAACCUGCCCAAUCUGCCUGGAGCUCUUCGAGGACCCGCUGCUCUUGCCCUGCGCCCACAGCUUGUGUUUCGGCUGCGCCCACCGCAUCCUGGUCUCCCACUGCGCCUCCAACGAACCCGUGCAGUCCAUCGGCGCCUUCCAGUGCCCCACGUGCCGCUAUGUCAUCUCUCUGAGCCCGCAGCGCGGCCUGGAGGGACUCAAACGCAACGUGACCCUGCAAAACAUCAUCGACCGCGUGCAGCGGGCCUCCUCCUCCACCUCCUCCCACGCCCUGUUGCUGCCCCCGAGUGGGCCCAGCUCGCCCACCGCCGAGGACGGCCGCCCAUCGCUAGCCGCCACCACCAUGACCACCACCAUCCCUGAGCCCGUGCAGUGCCAGUUCUGCGAGCAGGACCCUCCGCAGGAGGCCGUCAAGACGUGCGUCACCUGCGAGGUGUCGUACUGCGAGGAAUGCCUGCGCGCCACGCACCCCAACAAGAAGCCCUUCACGGGCCACCGGCUCAUCGAGCCACUGCCAGACACGCACCUGCGCGGCCUGCAGUGCCUGGAGCACGAUGAGGAGAAGGUGAACAUGUACUGCCUGACCGACGACCAGCUCAUCUGCUCUCUGUGCAAGCUGGUGGGGAGGCACCGUGACCACCAGGUGGCGGCGCUGAGCGACCGCUACGACAAGCUCAAGCAAGCACUGGAGUCUAACCUGGGCCACCUGAUCAAGAGGAACAAUGAGCUGGAGUCUCUGAUGGGGAAGCUGAUACAGACCUGCCAACAUGUGGAGGUGAAUGCAUCCCGUCAGGAGGGCAAGUUGAUGGAAGAGUGUGACCUCCUGAUCGAAAUCAUCAAUCAGAGAAGGCAGAUCAUUGGCACCAAGAUCAAAGAGGGCAAGGUUGUACGUCUGCGGAAACUGGCCCAGCAGAUUUCCAACUGCAAGCAAUGCAUCGAGCGCUCCUCUGCACUCAUAACGCAAGCCGACCAGACACUGAAGGAGAGCGACCACGCCCGCUUCCUACAGACAGCCAAGAGUAUCUCAGACAGGGUCUCCAUGGCUACAGCAUCUUCCCAAGUGUUAAUUCCCGAGAUUAACGUGAUAGACACGUUUGACACUUUUGCCCUUGACUUCACCCGAGAGAAGAAGUUGCUGGAGAGUUUGGAUUAUCUCACUGCACCUGACCCUCCAAGUAUAAGAGAAGAGCUGUGCACAGCCUCAUACGACACCAUCACCGUUCACUGGACAUCAGACGAUGAAUUCAGCGUGGUGUCAUAUGAGCUUCAGUACGCCAUCUUCACUGGCCAGUCUAACAUCGUCAGUCUAUGCAACUCAAUGGACAGUUGGAUGAUCGUCCCCAACAUCAAGCAGAACCACUACACUGUGCACGGCCUCCAGAGUGGGACGAAGUACAUCUUCAUAGUCAAAGCCAUCAACCAGGCCGGCAGCCGCAGCAGCGAGCCCGGCACCCUCAAGACUAACAGUCAACCGUUCAAGCUCGACCCCAAGUCCGCUCACAGGAAGGUAAAGGUCUCCCAUGACAAUCUGACGGUCGAGAGAGACGAGACGUCGUCGAAGAAAAGCCAUGGCCAGGAGAAGUUCAGCAGCCAGAGUAGCUACGGAGUCACCGCCAAUGUCUACAUAGACAGUGGACGCCAUUACUGGGAGGCUUUGAUCGGAGGAAGCACUUGGUACGCGGUGGGCAUCGCCUACAAGUCCGCGCCCAAGCAUGAGUGGAUUGGCAAGAACCCGGCCUCCUGGGUGCUGUGUCGCUGUAACAACUCCUGGGUGGUGCGCCACAACUGCAAGGAGAUGGCCAUCGAACCCUCGCCGCACCUGCGCCGCGUUGGCGUUCUCCUGGACUACGACGCCGGGUCGCUGGCCUUCUACGACGCCGUGGGGUCCCAGCACCUGCACACCUUCCACGUGUCCUUCACGCAGCCCGUGUGCCCCGUUUUCAACGUGUGGAACAAGUGUUUGACCGUGCUCACUGGCCUGCCCAUCCCGGAUCACCUGGAGGGUGUCGAACCCCUCGACUGAUCGACCUCGAUCAAACAGUUUCCCUGUUUUGAGGCCGUCUGUUGGUGAAUAAUAAAAAAAAAAAUGCAACGGGCAGCUUCAAGAACUCUCUGGACCACUGCCUCCUCAGGCCACCUCAUACCCCCACUCCUUGAAUCCACAGGCGGACAUUUCUGCAAAUAUGCUAAUGUCCUCCCUCCCCUUCAGUGACAGUAAUUUUGUGGCAUUUCUCCUGUUCUUCCAGUUUAUUAGAAGCUAGCAGGACUCAUUUACUUAAAUGAUGACAUGCUGGCUUGGAAGUAGGAGUAAAAUAUCGCCAGAGUCUGAGAAAAGCAGGAAGAAAUGGAAAAAGGUCAAACUCAAUUAUUUAACUCAAGGGAAGGAUGGGGAAGUGAGCAUAUUUCCAAGAUUGGAGGACUGUGGCUUAAAAACAUUCAACCCUACCACUUAAAUCAUGGCACCUUUGAUCGCAACUGAAUCCUUUCACUCCUUCCCUUGUGUGACGUAGCAGUGUAGAAGAGAUGGAUGGGAGAAAUGGACGCAGGAUGGACCACACAAUUUGUGAUGCAAUGCAAAGGCCCUUAAAUACAAAUGCAUUAUUCAAGUUCAUCAAGCUCAUUUCCAUGCAAAACAAUUAUAGAUGCCUGGUUCACCGUGCAAAGACUGAUGUAGAGACUUUCAAUUUGAAUCUAUUGUAGACUAUCCCUUACAUUUGCACAGCUGUGUUUAAGCUUUAUUUAUGGAAAUGAUUAUGUAGGGAAAAGGGAGUUAUGUUUGAAAAAAAAAUGGAUACUGUGGUGCAAUAGAUGUGACGUUACUUGCAUUUAACUAAAAUACAUUACUACACCUUACACAACCCAGUUUACUUUCUUGUUCUCAUAGUACAGUAGUUGUGAAAAUCAAGUUACUUUUUCAUAUUUUGUCAGACUAUAUUGUGAUGCAUUAAGAUUUGUUUUAAUUAAACGCCAGCUAACAGAUUUUAAUACACAACCAGGAUUAAUACCAGUACCAUAUGCACCAUUAGGCCAAUUUGGCUAUGACACAGCAACAUUUCUUAAAUACUGUGUUGAUAUAUGUUACUGUCAAUAUAUAGUCUAGUUUGAAGAGGAACAUGGGAUUUUGCAUAAAAUAUUGCUUUAGAAAGAAGAGGCUGACAUCAAGGCUAUGGCCUUGGUAUGCAGACCUUGUGUAUUGUUCUCCAGAUAAAAUAUAGUGGUCAAUGAAGUGGUCAUAUAUUUCUUUAAAGAUCUUAUGGAAAGAUAAUGUUGACAGAUAAAACUUGGCUUGUGUACAGUAUAAUUUGUAUUUGUUGAAGAUUAAAAUAAAAUAUAUUGUUCGUGAUA